AUUCUAUUUGGGCGCAUUACCGAGCAAGAUGGCGCUCCUGCUGUCAGCACCUCGGACAGCUCCCGGUCCCGGAGGCUCUGACACACAACACGGAGCGUUUGAUUGAUUUGCAGAGGUGUCCCGUCUCCUUCGGUCUCGUUCUGUCAUUCAGAUGCUGUUCGGAUGAUGUGGCUGUAUCCAGGUGUCGCGUAAAAGCUCCGCGCUACUCUGCGCAGCCCGGAAAAAAAGGGAAAUAAAAAUUCUGGAUCAACUUGACUGCCCAAAGCAGGACUCCAUCCAGUGAGCCCUCUCUCCUCAUCUACCUCCUCUGCGGAGACGGUUCAGAUUGAAGACCCGUGGAGGGAAACACACAAUCCCGAUCAGCCUCGGCCUGCGGUGACUUUCCCCGGGUGGAGGAGCGCGUGCCCGGCAGCCUCUCGUCUUGAUCACGCCGGAGCGAAAUGGCGGGGCGCGUUGAGACGCCACCAGCGGAGAAAUGAAGCCGUUGUAGUUUUGUCCUCCGAGCCCCGCAGCUUUCCUCUGGUUUCCCGUGAAGAUGUUGCUGGUGCUGCUGGUGACCAUGUCCUCCGCCGCGAUCAGCCCCGGCUUCGCCCUCAGCUCCCACUUCAGCUCAGCUGGCGCUCCGCUGAGUGAGCUGUCCUGGUCGUCCUCCCUGGCCGUGGUCGCCAUCUCCCUCUCGGGCCUCUUCACCUUCGUCUUCCUCAUGCUGGCCUGCCUCUGCUGCAAGAAAAGCAAAACCGGUGGUUUCAAGGAGUUCAAGAAUGUGGAAGGGGAGGAGUACCACGCAGACAUGUCCACCCUGGCCUCGCCGGCCUCCCAGGGCAGCCCGGACGUCUACAUCCUGCCCCUCACCGAGCUCUCCCUGCCGCUCGCCAAGCAACCGGCUCGAUCUGUCCAACUCCUGAAAUCCACAGACCUCAGCCGCCACAGUCUUCUCUACCUGAAAGAGAUCGGGAAUGGCUGGUUUGGGAAGGUUCUGCUGGGGGAGGUGAACGCAGGCCUGAACACCACCAAGGUGGUGGUGAAGGAGCUCAAAGCCAGCAGCAGCGUGCAGGACCAGAUGCACUUCCUGGAGGAAGCACAGCCUUUCCGCGGCCUGCAGCACCCGGCUCUGCUGCAGUGUCUGGCCCAGUGCACCGAGGUCACCCCCUACCUGCUGGUGAUGGAGUUCUGUCCACUGGGGGACGUUAAGGGUUACCUCCGAAGCUGCAGGACCUCAGAAACCAUGACCCCAGACCCCUUGAUUCUCCAACGGAUGGCCUGUGACAUCGCCUCGGGACUCGUGCAUAUGCACAAACACUGCUUCACACACAGUGACCUGGCUUUGAGGAACUGCUUGUUGACUGCUGAUGUCUCAGUGAAGAUCGGAGAUUACGGCCUGGCCCAGAGCAAGUACAAGGAUGAUUACUACGUGACUUCAGAUCAGAUGUACGUGCCGCUGCGCUGGAUCGCUCCAGAGCUGGUGGAUGAGGUGCAUGGAAACCUGCUGGUGGCUGACCAGACCCAACACAGCAACAUGUGGUCUCUGGGAGUGACUAUCUGGGAGCUGUUUGAGCUCGGGAACCAGCCCUACAGACACUACUCUGACAGACAAGUACUGACCUACGCUGUGAGGGAGCAGCAGCUGCGACUCCCCAAGCCCACGCUCAAAGUGCCGCUGGCUGAGCGCUGGUAUGAGGUGAUGCAGUUCUGCUGGCUCCAACCUGAUCAGAGACCCACCGCAGAGGAAGUCCACUUGCUGCUCAGCUACCUGUGUGCCAAGGGGGCCAGCGAGGCCGAAGACGACUUUGAGAGGCGCUGGAACUCCCUUCGUACCAAUACUGUAUUCAACAACCACCGUGGGGCCUCAGCAAUGUCACGAGACCACACCUCAUCCACAUCAUCCUCUUUCCCUCUCCUUGAGCAAUUUUCAGCUGGUGAUGGCUACCACUCAGAGUCCGGGGAUGAUAUACUCACAGUCACUGAGACCAGCCACGGUCUGAACUUUGAGUACAAGUGGGAGCAAGCCAGGGCAGACCAAUCGUUUCGAGCCCCGGACUCCUCUAGUACCCUCGGCCAGGCCACCCAUCAUUUUCAGGAAGCAUUUUAUCCACCUGGGGGCAUCGUGGGAGGCUGCCCCAUGGAGAACCACAGCCAUGGAGUUUCUCCUACUUACUACCAAUCAAAACAUCUACAUGCUCCCAGCAUACUUCCUGUCCUCAGUGCCCACAGCCCCUCUGUAGGCAGUGAGUACUAUAUCCGCAUUGAAGAGCCAGUAGACUGUAACCUUGAUCCGGACUAUACCAUGUGCUCCUACAGCCCGGACUACCAGGGCAGCAGUGGAAGCUUUCUGACUGGGAGUGCCGACUCAGGCGAGUGCAUUGGCUGCCCGUCACAGGCUAACAUGGAUCCCUAUUGGCCAGGAGACAUCCUUAAGUCAGAUUUGUACGAUUCAAAUGACUCAAGUCCUGCUAUCUCCCUGACAAUGGAGCCCCUUUUAGGGCAAGUGUUGGACAACAGCCCAUUACCACCCUGGGAGUCUAGUCACUAUGUGUCCUAUAAAGACAGAGAUGGGGGUUACUACUAUGAGCACUCGCCCCCUUUGGGAAUAGAUCACUAUUUAAUUGGAAGUGAGGCCUCCAGUGAGCGUCAUCAGGAAAGCUGGGGGUCAAGGAGCCUGCGCCAGGCCUUGGGUGAGUUGGAGAACCCUCUAGGUAUAUCCCCUGCUGUAAGCGUAAGUGCACCUCAACAGACCUACAGAGAAACAUACCUGGACACAAGUCAGACCUCUAUUAUAGGAAAGAACGUGACUGGGGGCUACUACGACAUGAUGGGCUCCCUGAGGAAGACUAUGCCCAGGCAUAGCAGCCACUCUGUGAGUAUUAACAUGGAAACAGAGGGGGCACUCUUCAUUGGGCACAGAGACACUGAUACAGAGGAGGAAGAAGAAGAGGACAUAUUUGUGGAGAGACAUACCUGCAACACUUGGCCUUCAAAACACCGCCACAGAAGUGUGGGUCACCACAGACGGGCUAGCCACAGCUGCAGACAAGAUGCUUAUGUUGAUUUUCAUUACACAAUGCCAAGUACAGACAUUGAAGACUCCUGGCCGGAGGAGCAUAGCUUGGCCUUCCACUCUUUGCCCAAACCAAUUGACUAUCUUGAGCCCCACCAGGCCAAAGAUAAAAGUGCCUGUCUUAGUCUGAGUAAACAUGCAAUGGUGCCCUCAGACAACUGCAACGCCUACAUCUACCUGUGCCAUGAGGGCGAGACUCAGGUGCCGGCAUCUGGAGAGUGCUGCCACUCGCACUUUGUUGACCCGCUUACAGGCUUGCUAGUCAGAAACAACAGCUUCAGUCACAGCUACAGUCACAGCAGCUACAUCAGCGACAAGGCCAACGACAUCCCAAGCAAUGACGAGAUCAUUAAUCUAUCUCCGGCACCAGGGGGUCCCACUGUGGCCAAACCUGCCUUGUUAAAGACUGAGGACAGAAGAGAGCAGUAUCUUGACCUUACAACAGAUGACACACUCUGCAAAGAGAAGAGGGAGCAUGUAAUAAAAGAAAUCACGCAGAAACCACCAGACCAUAAAAUAGAAGAAGUGACCUUGACAAUGACAAGGAGCACCCCGCCUCCUGCUGACAACAUGCAUGUUAUGGUGGCCCUCACAGAUUCGCAGUCAGAGCUGAGCCCCACUGGCGACAGCGGUGUUGACCGAGGAGGCUCCAGUGUGAGCCUCGCUGACAUCCUUGACUGCAGUGACGACGACGACGAUGACGACGAAAUCACAGAUGAUAUCACCGAUGUCACCUCAGGCAUCUUUGCCGACGAGUCGAGCGAGUUGAAUGCUUCUCCGGCCUUCAAGUCGCUACAGAAGCAGGUAGGAACUCCUGAUUCCAUGGACUCCAUGGAUCUGCCAUCUGCAGCCGAAUCUUGUGAAGGCUUCAGCCCUGCGUCCUCCCACCCGUCCAGCUCACCUAAAGCUAUGGACAGUGGCUAUGACACAGAAAAUAAUGAAAGCCCUGAGUUUGUACCCAAAGAGCCUCAUGAACCCCGUGAACAACCUCUGGGAAAGCCUACCCUUGAUACAAGCCUGGAGGAGGACAAGGAGCUUCAGGAGCAUGAGGUUGAAGAUAAAGUAGUGCCCACAGAGGGUGAACCAUUUUUGGGUGAAAACAUGGCUUUAGGAGCCUCACAUACAGAUGACCACAUCCUUUUACCACUGAGCGAUAAGACUCCAUACAGAGACUCUGCCUACUUUUCAGACUAUGAGAAUGAACGGCAGUCAAGGGAUGAAGGGGAAGAACUGUUAGAGAGAGUAAGAGAUGAAGAAAAUGUUGAAAAGGAACAGCACAUGGGAGAAAAGAAGGGUGAGAAAAGGAAGAAAGAGGAGGGGGAAGAACUAAAUGACACUGUAGUGAACAAAGAUCUAAAACUUGAAAUGAAACACAUAUCAACAAGAGGAACAGAAUCCUCCUCUCUGCCAGAGAUGGGUGCAUAUUUGACAGAAACGUGUGGCCAGGAUGAGGCAUUGGGGCUACCCCUGGAACCCUCUGACACUGCUUCAAUGGACGAAUGGCCAUCUCAGGAGGAGAGCUCAUCCUUUGGAGACUGGGCAGCAGAGGUGGUGGGGGCCAUGGAAGAAGCCCUGGGGGCCCUCAAUGGAGAUUGUACCUCCAACAUCCGGGUAGAGGAGGAUGAAGCGGAAGACUCUGCUCAAGAUUUAGAAACAACAGGAGAGCAAGAACUCAAAACAAAUCAAAAGAAGCCAUCAGGGAUUUCCAGUGAGAUCCUGCACACUUUACCCAAAGACGAGGUGGCCUUGCAGCACAUGGCAAGCACAAGGCGGUUUUCUUCUUCUUCCUCUCCUCCACCUCCAGCUGCCCCUCCCCCUCCGCUCCCUGCAACAGAAGGCCGAGCGUCUCCAGCUGAUGGGGAAGACGCGGACGAGGAGGGCGGCGACACUGACGACAGCGACGAGUCGGAUGAGGAGCUGCAAACCUACUGUGUGCAGGAGCAGAGCGGAGGGGAGGAGAGCGAAGACGAGUGCCACCCAGUGCCCAUCGUGGUGAGUGACCACAGCGAAGCCCACAAACUGCGCAGCCUCCUUAAGAUGCCAACGCUGUUUACAACAGACAACCUAGAUAAGGAGCUCGGACCCAAGAAGAAGACUGUGUCUUUUUUUGACGAUGUCACCGUCUAUCUGUUCGAUCAGGAAAGCCCAACUAAAGACUUGGCUGAGCAUGGCUUCCCUUUAGGAGCAGAGGGUCUGAGGUCACGGAGCAAGUCCCAAGAAAGGCUUAAUGCCUCUGAUGACUCUUCAGAUGGGAACAUCUCAGAGGAGAGUGCAGGGUAUGAGUGGGAGGACGACUUCCCGCUGCUCCCUCUACCAACAUCCUUAGUGGCGUCUGACUCCUCCCCAGCCCACUCCACCCUCACAGCUCCGGACCCCAAACCCACUGUACAGUUCUCCCGCUUCACCGUCUCCCCCUCUAACGUGUCCCGUUUCUCCAUUACUCACAUCUCGGACUCUGACAUGGACUCUGCAGGAGGAAGCAGCGAGGAUGGGGACAAAGAAUAACGAGCCAUGGAUAUGUACUGCCUCUCACCCAACAACUUGGCCUGCUCGCAUGACUUCUAAUUUAUUUUUUAAACGUCAGGUUUUAGAAACACAAGACAGUGCCUGUUACUGCGUGUGGACACUUUUAAAUGGUCCGUCUUACUGACCCUAAGCUGAAAAGAGAACGGUUAAUAUAUAAAAUGUUCAAAAUAUUAAUAUAUGAUGUAUGUAAAGAAUCUAUGAAAGCAGGGGAAACUUGUAUGUUGAAUUGUGCAUAUUUUUUGGGAUCAAAGAGACACAAUGGAAGGACAGACCUUUGGAAAUCAUUCACUUUCACUUCUUAAUUACGAUGGGAAGCAUUCAUGAGAGUGUGGAACCACCUGGACUUAUGUAUAGAAACAGGACAGCGGUGCAAACGGUCGCUGAGUUAAACUUUUCGGAUUUUCGGAAAAAGACUUUACAGCUUCACAGACUUUGUACUUUUUAGAAAACUUUACUCUUAACUAAUAUCAACGAGAAUCCUUGAGGUAUCACAAGUAAUAUGAUGUUAAUAUCUGGGUUCAUUGUGAGAUAAAGGACAUGCUAGUGUAAUAGAA